ACGCCCUCGGGCCAGCCGCGGGCGCCGGAGGCGCAUGGAGCCAUCGUGGCCCUCCGCGCCGACAUCGCGGGUUUGCGCGCGGAGCUGAGCGCCGCGGGCGAGCGGCCACUCCAGGCGGCAGCGGCGACGGUCGAGGCCCCAAGGAGCGAGGUGGAGCAGCUGGCAGACGAGGUCGACGAGGCCAGCGAGGGCGACCGGCAGAAGCCGCGGCGCCCUGCAGCCUGCCAAGUGCGCGGUGUUGCCGCAGCGAAGCCCUUCGCGUCGCCCACGCGCGUCGAGGCGCUGGCGGAGGAGGCCGGCUGCGACGGCGAGGGCUCGCCGACCGCUUUCUUGGCCAGCCAAGUGACGGGCGGAGCCGACGAGUGCGAGUGCUGCGUCCUGGACCCGCUGCUGGACUUCGUCGCCGCUGGGGGCGGGAAGAGGGAGGGGCAGCCCUUCGUUCGCCGCCGCGCCCAGGACGGCGAGGACGUGAAGGGCGAGCUGGGCGCGACGACGUCCGCGUCGCAGCCCGCGCUCUGCGCCCUCACGGGCGAACCGGUGAUAGAGCUGGCCGUCGAGGGCGUCGGCGGCCAGACGGGCGUCGCUCCGCUGGCAGCGGGCGGCUUCGACGUCGCCGCGCUGCUCGGCAGCGAGCUGGAGAGCAUCGAUGGGCAGCAGGGCGUUAACCACAGCGGGCCCCUGCGCGGCGAGGGGAUGCGCCACUGCGACGGCGAGCGCAAGCUGGAGGGCCUCGGCGUGAAGAAGGACUUCGGCUACCGCCAGCCCCUGCGCGGCGAGGGGGCAGGCCACGGGGGGGGCGAGAGCAAGCUGGAGGGCAUCGACGCGCCGAAGGCUGUCGACCACGGCAAGCUGGAUGGCAGCGACGCGCGGAAGGGCGUCGGCUACGCCGGGCCCUUGCGCGGCGAGGGGGUGGGCCGCGGCGAGUGCGAGGUCAAGCAGAAGGGCGUCGACGUGAUGAGGGGCGACGGCGGCCACGGUGGACCUUUGCGCGGCGAGGGGGUAGGCCACAGUGAGUGCGAGGUCAAGCUGGAGGGCCCCGACGUGACGAAGUGCAAGUUGGUGGGCAUCGGCAAGAAGGGCAGGCCGAGGAAGAAGGGGAAGGCCGCGCGGGCGACGGAGAGCGCCGCAGGCUUGUCCACCGCGGACGACGCCGCCAAGCGGGCCAGGCGGGCGCUCAGCCUGGCCUCCGCCGAGUGCUCCGCCCGCGCCGACCUCGCCAUCGAGGAGAUCGAGGUGCGAGCGGCGGCGGUGGAGCUGGCGUUGGCGGGCGGGGCCUGGGACGAGCCCCCCGCCUGA